AGCUAUGUGUUCUUGUUUUGCCCAAGACCUUUGGCUAGAGCAGAACAUAAAGGAUUCUUUCCAGAAGGUAACACUGAGCAGAUAUGGAAAGUAUGGACAUAAGAAUUUACAGUUAAGAAAAAGCUGUAAAAGUUUGGAUGAGUGUAAGGGACACCAAGUAAGUUAUAAUGGACUUGACCAAUGUUUGAAAACUACCUCGAGCAAAAUAUUUCGGUGUGAUAAAUAUGUAAAAGUCAUUCAUAAAUUUUCAAAUUCAAAUAGACACAAGAUAAGACGUACUGAAAAUAAACAUUUCAGAUGUAAAGAAUGUGACAAAUCAUUUUGCAUGCGUUCACGUCUAACUCAACAUAAAAGAAUUCAUGCUAGAGAGAAUUUCUACAAAUGUGAAGAAUGUGGAAAAACCUUUAACUGGUCCACAAACCUUUCUAAACAUAAGAAAAUUCAUACUGGAAAAAAAACCUACAAAUGUGAAGAAUGUGGAAAAGCCUUUCACCAAUCCUCAAUCCUUACUAAACAUAAGAUUAUUCAUACUGGAAAAAAACCUUAUAAAUGUGCACACUGUGGCAAAGCCUUUAACCAGUCCUCACACCCUACUAGACACAAGAUAAUUCACACUGAAGAGAAACCCUACAAAUGUGAACAAUGUGGCAAGGUCUUUAAGAAGUCCCCAACCCUUACUAAAUAUCAGGUAAUUCAUACUGGAGAGAAACCAUACAAAUGUGAGGAAUGUGGCAAAACUUUUAACCUAUCUUCAUAACUUACUGAACAUAAGAAAAAUUGCACUAGAGAGAAACCCUACAAAUGUGAAGAAUGUGGCAAAGCCUUUAACCAGUUUUCAACCCUUACUACACAUAAGAUAAUUCAUAGCGGAGAGAAAUCCCACAAAUGUGAAGAAUGUGGCAAAUCUUUUAACCUGUCCGCAAAUCUUACUGAACGUAAGUUAAUUCAUACUGGAGAAAAACCCUACAAAUGUAAAGAAUGUGGAAAAGCUUUUCACCGAUCUUCAAUCCUUAGUACACAUAAGAAAAUUCAUACUGGAGAGAAACCCUACAAAUCUGAAGAAUGUGGAAAAGCCUUUAACCAGUCCUCACACCUUACAAGACAUAAGGUAAUUCAUAGUAAAGAGAAACCCUGCAAAUGUGAACAGUGUGGCAAGGUCUUUAAGAAGUCCCCAGCCCUUACUGCUCAUAAGAUCAUUUAUACUGGAGAGAAACCUUACAAAUGUGAGGAAUGUGGCAAAGAUUUUAGCCAACUCUCAAACCUUACUCAACAUAAGAUUCAUACUAGAGAGAAACCCUACAAAUGUGAAGAAUGUGGCAAAUCUUUUAACCAGUUCUCACAACUUGCUAUACAUAAGAUAAUUCAUAUUUGAAUGAAACCCUAAAAAUGUGAACAAUGUGGUAGAUCUUUUAACCAGUUCUCAAACUUUACUAUGCAUAAGAAAAUUCAAACUGGAGAGAAACCCUACAAAUGUGAAGAAUAUGGCAAAGCUUUUAACCAAGUUUCAACACUUACUAUAUGUAAGAGAAUUUAUACUGGAGCAAAACCUUGGAAAUUCAAAGAAUGUGGCAAAACUUAUAAUCCUCAAAACUUCCUACACAUAAGAAAAUUCAUGCAGGAGAGAAACCCCACAAAUGUGAAAAAUUUGGUAAAUAACCAGUCUUCAACCCUUUUUACACAAAAUUCAUACUGGAGAGUGUUUGGACGAACGGAGGCAGGAUGGCGCACUUCUGGGUUCUUCAUCACCAACUUUUCCUGCGCCCACGAAAAUGCAGCCGGCGCCCGGGAAGGUGCAGACCAACUGGGCAUGCGCCAGGUGACGUCAAUCUGAAGAGACCAAGAUUUACCUGGUCGCACCUGCAGAACGCCCCCCAACACACCCGUGCCCGCCUAUUGCCCUCCCACUCCUAGAAAAGCGGCUCCCGGCAGAUGCGGGGCGCAGACUUCCCAGCCCCCCCACUCCUGUCGGGACUGCAUUAGGAACUCCGCCCGAGAGCCCCACCAGGCGACUCUGUUGGCCUCCUUUGCCGGA